AAGUUCAAGGUGCGCAUCGAGGACCCCCCGCGACGAAGACACAUGGUCUUCCUGGGAGGUGCCGUCCUCGCCAACCUGAUUGCCGACAAGGAGGACAUGUGGGUUACCAAGCAAGAGUGGCAGGAACAGGGUGCACGUGCCCUGGCCAAACUCGGCCCUAGAUAG